AUGCCUUCCAUCUCGCUAGGGGAGUCCAUACCUCCAGACACUUCACACGCCUUGAGCGUCUCUCUGCCAACAUGGCAGUCGAACAUUGGCUAUGAGGAAGGCCAGGAAUGGGUCGUCGGUCGGAUGACCACGGGCUACCCUCGCUUCUUCAUCCACAAGAACAUAGAUGGUCUGGCACGAGACAUUGCGGCAGCCCAUGGUCAGGCCGGCUGCCAGGCUAUGCUAUUCCCAACACCUGUGGCAGCCAGGCGAUGCCUUGAUUUUGUUCGGCAACGCACCCCAGCCGACCUCGCGGCGCGCCUUGACACGGUGCAUCUCGUCUUGGAUGCCUCGAAGGUCCUUUCUCCAUUACUGAAACAGCUUUCGCCCACCAUAUCUGCCGUCUUACUUCCGCAGCAGGCCUUUGUCAUCGCCAAGCAGUAUUGGCAGCACACAGGCGACGGCGUCUCCAGUCGCAAAGCGGAAUUCUGCCACAGUCUUUUCAAGGAUCAGAGACUUAUUCCGGCACCCAGCUCACAGCUCGCCCAUAAUGCUCAAAAGUGGCUGCUGCGCGGCCCGAAGCGGUACCAACGGCUCGCGUCCAUCGAUGCUACCUCUUCGUCGACGAUUCCUGGACCUCUCCAGUCGCGCAACACUGACGACUUCCAGGAAAGCUCUCGGUUCCUUGAGGAACGCUUUGGGCGCAAUCUCGAUCUGACCUUGGUGGAGCGAGCCAGGUCGGCCAUCCGUCGACGUAUCGCUGGCCUCCUCACACACGAGGUUGAUCUGCGUCAUGAACUUCCACCGCAACCAGUCAUGUCCAGCUCCAGGGGCGUACAGAGCCUCGAUGAGGGCGAUGUGUAUCUGUUUCCCUCGGGCAUGAACGCCAUAUUCAACGCCCACCGCGCCCUGCUGGCGGCUCGAGGGCAGAUUGAGAGCGUCAGUUUUGGCUUCCCUUACGUUGACUCGCUCAAGAUUCUUCAAAAAUUUGGGCCCGGAUGCAAGUUCUAUGGCAACGGCUCAUUGGCGGAACUGGACGAUCUGGAAAGGCUUCUACGGUCCGGCCAGCGUUAUCUCGCUCUCUUUUGUGAGUUUCCAGGGAAUCCCCUCCUCGCCUGUCCCGACCUAGAGCGUAUUCGCAAGCUAGCCGACCAGUAUGAUUUCGCCAUCGUGGUCGACGAGACGAUUGGAACCUUUGCCAACAUCAAUGUGCUCCCGCUCGCAGACAUCGUCGUCAGCAGUCUCACCAAGAUAUUCUCGGGAGACUCCAACGUCAUGGGAGGGAGCACCGUCCUCAACCCAGAGAGCAGAUACUACGGAGCGCUCAAGAAGGCCAUGCACGACGAAGUAUACGAGGACACGUAUUGGGGCGAAGACAUCGUUGUCAUGGAGAGAAACAGCCGGGACUUCUUGGUCCGGGUAGAUCGUAUGAACGCCAACGCCGAGGCCAUCUGCGAAAUCCUGCGUGAUCAUCACCUUGUCAAAAGCCUGUUCUACCCCAAGCUCAACCCGUCCAGGAACCACUAUGAUGCCCGUCGCCUGCCCAAGGGCGGUUAUGGCGGCCUGCUCUCCAUCGUCUUCAAGCAUCGAGAGCAGGCACAGGCCUUUUACGACGCCAUGGAUAUUGCCAAAGGGCCUAGCCUGGGCACCAACUUCACACUGUGCUCCCCCUAUGUCCUCUUGGCACACUAUCAAGAAUUAUCGUGGGCAGCACAAUACGGCGUCGACGCGGAUCUUAUUCGCGUCAGCGUCGGCCUGGAAGAAACAGAGACACUUCAAUCCACGUUCAGUGACGCACUGCGGGUCGCAGAGGUAGCGGUCGGAUGGCCACGAGGAAUAGAUGAAUCCCUCGACGGGCCUCAUAAGCGGAGCAAAUAG